UUAACUGAUCCUGCCAAUACUUCCGGUAAAAAUCGAACGUUUACGAUUCCAUAUCAAGAAGCUGAAAAAGUUCCAGUCAAUUUCGAAUUAAAACCUGAUCCUAAACAACAGCCGUUGAAAGAGGUUCAUUUUAUCAACUUCAUCAAACCAGAAGAAAUAUUUUCGAUUAGUGAGAAUCCUGAGUAUGUCAUCGAAACUGAGCUUCGUUACAAAAUCGAAGAAGCUGUCGAAGGCACCGAAUUAUCUCAAAAACACAAAGAAUAACAUGUACGCGAGUUGUCUCGAGGGACACGUGCAUCCUCUAAAGAAUCAACAAAUGCAGAACAUCGCUGCUCAUACUUGCACCGCUGAUGACCUUGAUCUACGAGUAAUGUACGUACGUGGAAAACAGCAGCGGACACUAUUGAUUGUUUUCCAAGAGGUCACCUGUCCAAUUAAAACAACCAUUCGCCGCUAUAUCGAUCGUCUCAACCUUCAUCCUGAACUGGCAGAGUAUUACAGAGAGAGCGAAUUUCAACGGAUUGAGCUAUAUAUCAGAGAGUAUCUCUUAACCGUCUUGGCUGCUGAUCUGAUAAAAGGUUUCAAGCGCUGCGUCAUACCCGAUCCGGCUCCGAAGCUAUCUGAACAGGUGUCUUCCGUUGCGGUUGAAAUCAUCAAUUUACGAUCGUUCUUGGUUGAUUCAGUCACCUCGCUUUGGGUACCUCCGCCUCCUCUCGCUCGUCCGAAUCUUUCGAUAAAUAUACGAAGAGCCUUCUCCGUCGACGAUUUGAAUCUGCCACCGUACGUAAUUCCCGCCGUUCAUGUCGAAAAUGCCGAAGAAGUCGUCGCUCCUAUUCAAAUUCCAGCAAACGAUAAUGUCGCUACUGCCGCUCAGUCUGCUGAAGAAAACUCCGAUAAUGUUUUCGAUACGACUGAUGGCGAUGAUGACGAUGUAUUCGAUUUAAAUGCCGAAAGUUUAAAUAAGACGUUCCACGAUCUCAACGUUAUUCUUUCCGAAAAUGAUGUUCGAAUAAUCAAUUCAACGAGACGUGAAUUAUCUGUCAACCUUACCAGAUGUGAUUCGAAUAAGUCUGAACUGAAAAGUCCUGAUGAAGGAGUGCCAGAAGCCAAACGUCAUGAGCCCGAAGUGUUAUCUAAGCCACCGAAAUCCGUAACGUUUCACUUUGCUGAAGGUGAACUACCACCUCAUCGAUUAGUCACGACAGAUGAACCACUUCCUUUCACACUAGAAAGCAUGUUGGCCCAAUUAAAGGCGAAUUCGAAUAGCGCACCCUCAACCUCAUAUUUGGUACCUCCAGUGAUUGCAUCCUCAAGUGACCACAUCUUCGUUCGACCGCCGUCUACAGAUGCUGAGAAUGAAAAAUGCAACGAUAAAUCCGAGAAUUCAUCUGAUAACAAGAAGCUUGCCGAUUCGAAUGAUGUUGGAAAUUCAGUCACUGAUAAGCCUAGUAAUUCGAAUGAUCAACAAAGUAUCGAAAUUCCUGUCGAAGUUCCAGCAGUGAUUCCUGCAGAAGUUCCAGCAAUGAUUCCUGCAGCAAUUCAAGUCGCUCCUCCUGACGAUCGUGCUUAUCUUCGAGUAACUUUUCCACGGUUCAAUUACGCCGAAAUUGACGGCAAACAGUACUUCGCUAGAGACUUGAUUGAUUCGGACCAGAUUCCAGAGCAAACGUUCCAACAAUACGUCCCUGCCUUUUUCCCAAGAGAUUACUACAGAAUGCCAUUCGAAUGGGACCAACCUGAUUCUUAUUUGCGCCUCUGGAAUGGUCUGAAUCGCGGAACAACAGUAAAUUAUCAUAUUGUGGUACCUAUCUAUUCGAGGUACGUACGUAGGCAAACAUUCGAAUGGCCACGUACGAGAACAGAAGCGUUAUGUUGGAGGAACCAUCUAAAUUUCGUUCGUAAAACAGCACACGAAGAAAUCUUUCCUCACAAUCACGUCGACUUCCCCAGAUGGAGCUACGUACAUAGAAACCUUCCAAUAAACCAUCUUAUUACGAUUCUUGGCAAUGUAGGAGGUCAAGAACUUGAAAUUAUAUUCGAUGCGACUCUACCUGUUUGUUUAAUCAGCCAAGCUGCUGUGGAUAAUCUCGCUCCAUUCGUCGAUCUCCAUUUCGAAGAGUUACAGCAUCCUCGUGCUAUCUAUGUACCAUGGAAGGACUUUGUGAGGGUGGUUUCUCGUAAAACAACAGCUUUGCCCAUUCGAUUGACUCCGAACAUUCAUCAUCAUGUUGAGGAAGAACAUGUGUUCAACUGCUACGUGGCUGAUUUCCCUGUCUCUCGCUGUCGUGAUCCGAAAUUGGGCACUAUUAUCCUUGGUAGACAGUUGACGUCUCACAUCGUCCGUUACGAUCCAGUUAAACUUGAUAUGUCGAUAAUGGGUCCUGAGGAGAACAGGCGAAAUAGAUCGAUUCGUUGCAAGGAAAAAGCCCCAGAGAUUCGGAUCCGUGGCUUGAUGAAGACUUUGCGUGAGGCGAAUCCGGUUGAUAUCGAGACGGAAUUCAAACCGGUGAGACAGUUUUGCAUUGAAAAGACGAAAGGGUGCAGAUACGACGAAGAUUAUGUCGACUUUUAGUUCGAAUUUUGUACUUCUUUUUCUCUCAUUUAAAUUUUUGCAUGUGUCCCUCUUGAAAAAUUGUGAAUUUUGUGUACUGUUUAUCGAUUGCGACUAAAUCUACCCGGAUAUGACUCUGUAAAUAUUUUAUUUUUCUUUUUUCUUUUUUAUUUGAAUUAUUGUUAUUGGUGUUUAGUUCGAUUUGUUUUGUUUUGUUUUUGUUUAAAAAAUUUGAUCAUUGAAUAAUUUUUCCUUACGAAGGUUUUGUAAAAUAGUUUAUUAGAUAUUCCAUCUGUCAUUCGAUUUAAUAUCUCAGUUGAAAAAUUAUUGUAUUCCUGUUUCUUACUUGUGUAGUCUAGCUUUUCCUUUUCCUACUCGGCGAUUUCUUCCUUGUCGGGGGGAGAGUUUAUGUAGUAUAAGUACCCCUUGCUAUCAUGGGAUAGACUGUACUUAUUACAUGAAUUCGAAGAGCUUACGUCAGAGAAUAAAUCUAGAGUGGGAAAUGAAAAAGUUUAUGACGCUAGGUACUUACCUACCUAGCUGCAGUAUGUUUUUAUUCGAUGUAAUUGUAAGAACGUGUGAUAUAUGUU